AUAUUUUAAACAAAGUACAUAGAAAAAUAAAAUAAAAAGGAGAAAGAAAAAGCAGAGAGAAUAAAAAGGGGAAGGGAAGAGAAGAGAAGAGGGGGAUGUUGACAAAAAAAUUCAGGUCUGGUUUGUUUAUGUGUUUUUUGGGAUCUUUCCUUUUUUCUCUAUAAACACAACCAAAAGAAGCAGACGAAGAAGAAGAAGAAAAACAAAGCAGAGUUCUUUUUUUUUUUUUUGUUUGGUGAGACAGGGAGAGAGAGAAAGAGUGGCCCAGUAGAUCGAAGAUGACGAUGAUCUAUUUUCUUUUCUUCCAUUAAUAGUGUUUUCCGCUAUAACCAUUAUAUACACAGAGAAUAUAGACUCCAAAAUUUUCUUACUUUUGCCUUUUGAUUCAGAGCCUUUUUUAUUUUCCUUCUAAUUUCACUUUGUUGAAACCUCGUAAAGUCUUCAUUUUUUGAUCUUCUGAAGACGAGUUGGCGAUAAGAGGAUGUGCGUUUGAGUAAUGGGAACAAAGAUUCACUGUGAAAGCUUAUUCCCUGGACAUCAUCACUCUAUGAGAGAUCCCAACAACGAAUCCAACGGCUGUAGAUGGCCAUUGUUCUAUGCUGACAAUAAAGCCUCUGCGAAUGAUCAAUUCUACAAUGACAAAGAUGUGGUGAGAAGGACAAUGCUCGAACACGAAGCUGUUUUUAAGGCUCAGGUUAUGGAACUUCACAGAGUAUACAGGAUACAAAGGGAUAUGAUGGAUGAACUGAAAAGGAAACAGUUUAACAAAGAAUUCGAGGCAUCAUGCUCAUCUCAAGCUACUAAUGAUGAUCUCCGUAAAUGGAAAAUGCCUAGUUUCCCUGUGGCAAACUCGGUUUACGACAGACCAUCCAUGUCAGUAGUGGAGGAUAAUGGCCAUUCUCCCAUGAAAGGAAGCUAUUGUCAAGGGGUGUUGGAGGUCAGACCGACGAAAAUGAGGAGAAAGAUGAUAGAUCUUUGUCUUCCUGCUGAUGAGUACACUGAGGAAGUUGUGGAGUUGAAAGAUCACAGAGUUAGUCAGCUUCCUAAUGGAGAUGUGAAGACUGGGUAUGGGUCAAGUAGUAGAACCAAUGGCUUGGCUGAUUUGAAUGAACCAUUUAAGGCUCAAGACACAAACGAGUUUGCUUAUGGCCACUCGGGCAGUGUAAGGGAGCAUGAUCCUGGGAAAGUCUGGCCACAACAUCAGCCCUUAAGAACUAGUAAGAUGAUCCACCAAGUUGUAAAUGCAGAUCAUUACAGUGGCACACAUAAGUAUGCUACUCCAUCUAAGCCACUGGAGUCAUCCUCUCAGGCUAUGCAAGUGUUUGUGAACAGUUCACAAAGAGGAAAGGGUUUACCUAACUCUGGUCCUCCUCCAAGCAAGGCAGUCUUGUGGAGAGAAAGGACGUUUAUUGACCUAGAAGCUGAUACUGAUACUAACACUAGCCAUGAAGUUGCUUCUCAUCAACCGCAACGCCACUUGUAUCCUCCAUUUAACACUCCAGCUUCUGCUUUCCAUAUGCAUUCCUCUUGGCAAAACCCUCAGAGAGUUGUUGUUGCUUCAGAGCAGAAACAAGGGUGUCUGGGAGAUAGAUUACAGUUUGAAAGCAACUCUAGAUAUAACAACCACAACAUGGUUUACAAUGAGUGUUCUUCUUCUUCGUCGAAAUCGAAAUUCUCUGGGAGUGGGUAUAGUUAUCCUGACGGAGGAAGAAGUGAUCACAGGCCGGAGGUGAAGUUUGUUAGAGAUUUGAACUUGAAUGUGACACUUCCAUCAAACACUUGUGCUGUUGAAGUUAGAAAGGAUGAAGCUACUUUACCAUGGCUUGUUAAACCCAAGUCUGCUUGUAACUCUGAUGUGGCUGAUGGGAGAUGGAAUCUGAACAGUAAUGAUGCUGUAGAGACUGAGAAGUUCAACAUUGCUACAGAUGAAUGCAAUGCAGAAAGAGAUAAAGUCCAUAACGUUAGGAUGAUGCUAGACAUCAACGAACCUUGUGAACCACUUUCGGAUGAAGAUCAGCAAAUGGAGAAGGAACAAACAGGGACAAAGGUUUCGGUUAGUAACAAGUGUGAUAUUGAUUUGAACAUGUCGGUUAGUGAAGAAGAAGAAGAUGAGAACUGCUCUGUUCCCACCAGUUCAAGACUGAGCUCAAAGAGAAUCAUGAUAGAUUUGGAAACUGUUCCCGAGUCUGAUAUUGAAGAAGACGAUGUCUCUGGAGAAAAACCUCCAGAAGAGUCCCAAACUCUCGAGAAACCGCCUGAGUUUGAAAAAACAGCAGCAGAAACAAUAGUUGCCAUCUCUUUAGCUUGCCUAGACAGAGAGGUUGAAGUCGUUGCUUCAUCAGAAACAAUGAUCCUUCACUGGUUUGCAGAAACAGUAGAGAACCUGGACCAAAAGCUAGCUUCUGUCACAAGGAACCAAGCGCCUUCUAUAGAAGAGAUGGAUUACUUCGAGUCAAUGACCCUGCAACUACCUGAGACCACAGAAGAAGAGUACACGCCUAAGCCAUUAGUCCCUGAAGACCUCGUAUUGGAGGAAACCUCUGUGGUCAUCACGAGCCAAAGACCAAGAAGAGGAAACGCUAGAAAGGGAAAGCAAAGACGAGACUUCCAGAGAGACAUUCUCCCCGGACUUGUGUCUCUUUCGAAACACGAAGUGACAGAAGACAUUCACAUGUUCGAUGGGUUCAUGAGAGCAGCAACGGGAAGCUCCUGGACUCCAGCCGGUUUAGCGAGGAAGAAAACCGGGUCAAGAGGUAGACCGAGACGGGUCGUUACAAUCCCUGAACCGGUUUAUUAUCCCUCGGUUCAACAACAUGUGGGGAACAACAAUGGUGAGAUUGAAGAUAGAAGCUUUGCAGGUUGGGGUAAAAUGACAAGAAGGCCGAGGAGACAACGUUGUCCUUCUUCUACUGUAACUACUACUAGUAACCAACGUCACGCGCCUUUCACGUGAUAUAUUUGUAACCAUAAUAUAUCAUUCCUGUUUGUUUUCUUCAAAAUGUUGUCGUAUAGAGAGAUAUAAUAUCAGACCGUGAUUUUCAUAGAGGAGUUUUUUAAUUUC